AUGUCUGCUGCUGAUAACUGUACUGGGAUCUCUGAGAAGCGUCUGGUAUCUUCAAAUUUUGAAGAGGAUGGUCGUGGUAUCACACAAGAUGAAGAGCAUGCCAACAGCCAAGAUAUACUCUCAUCCAAUCAGAGAAAAAAAUUAUCACUUGAUCAUAUUAAACAGGUCCGAACUUCUGAAUUAUCAGAGACUGUAACACAGAAUAAAAGUCGUAGAAGAGGUGUUAAACAUCAAACAGCUCAUGUAAGAGAGAAGCCUUUUUCAUGUUUAGAAUGUGGAAGAUGCUUUCGAUGUAAAAGAGAUCUUGUUAGACAUGAGAAAAUUCACACAGGGAAGAGGCCAUUUUCUUGUUUAGAAUGUGGAAAAUGUUUUAGAUAUAAAUCGGAAGUUGCCACACAUCAGAAAACUCACACAGGGGAGAAGCCUUUUUCAUGUUCAGAAUGUAGAAAAUGUUUUAGAUAUAAUUCAGAACUUGUCACACAUCAGAGAAUUCACACAGGAGAAAAGCCAUUUUCAUGUUCAGAAUGUGGAAAAUGUUUUUACAGUAAAUCCCCUUUUGUUCUACAUCAGAGAAGUCACACAAGGGAGAAGCCAUUUUCAUGUUCAGAAUGUGAAAAAUGUUUUAAAAAGAAAUCAGAUCUUGUUACACAUCAGAGAAGUCACACUGGAGAAAAGCCAUUUUCAUGUUCAGAAUGUGAAAAAUGUUUUGCCGAUAAAUCAUCUCUAUUUAAACAUCAGAGAGUGCACACAGGGGAGAAGCCAUUUUCAUGUUCAGAAUGUGGGAAAUGUUUUCCCCGCAAAUCAGCUCUUGAUAGACAUCAGAGAAUUCACACAGAGGAAAAUACAUUUUUAUGUUCAGAAUGUGGGAAACGUUUUCCCAACAAAUCAGCUCUUGAUACGCAUCAGAGAAUUCACAGGGGGGAGAAGCCAUUUUCAUGUUCAGAAUGUGCGAAAUGUUUUCAACGUAAAUCACAUCUUGUUAGUCAUCAGAGAAUUCACACAGGAGAGAAGCCAUUUUCAUGUUUAGAAUGUGGGAAAUGUUUUCAACGUAAAUCACAUCUUGUAAGUCAUCAGAAAAUUCACACCGGGGAGAAACCAUUUUCAUGUUCAGAAUGUGGUAAAUGUUUUCACCAUCAUUCAUCUAUUGUUAUACAUCAGAGAAUUCACACAGGAGAAAGGCUAUUUUCAUGUUCAGAAUGUGGGAAAUGUUUUCUCUAUAAAUCACAUCUUGUUGUACAUCAGAGAAUUCACACAGGAGAGAAGCCAUUUUCAUGUUCAGAAUGUGGGAAAUGUUUUCAACGUAAAUCACAUCUUGUUAGUCAUCAGAGAAUUCACACAGAGGAGAAGUCAUUUUCAUGUUCAGAAUGUGGGAAAUGUUUUCACCAUAAAUCAACUCUUGUUAUACAUCAGAGAAUUCACACAGGAGAGAAGCCAUUUUCAUGUUCAGAAUGUGGGAAAUGUUAUUACUGUAAAUCAACUCUUGUUAGACAUCAAAGAAUUCACACAGGGAGAAGCCAUCUUCUUGUUUAGCUCGUUAGUGACUGCCCCUACUUGUUUGAUGGUGGUCACUAGUUGGCUUUAUUCCAUCAGAUAUGUCUUUUUUAGGGCUCAUACACAUGGUAGUAUAGUCGAGGUGCCCAUACUGCGGACCAGAAACAAAAGGUCUUUAAUAUAGAGGCAUUAACUAUGUGCACUCCAUAUCGCAGAUGGAUGCGGACCCAUUGACUUGAAUGUGUCUGAAUUCCGCAAGAUCCAGCAAGGUUUGGAGCAGAGGCACAGAUCAAAGCGCUUCCAUGGGAUUUCAUUCCGUGCAUCCGCACCACAAAAAAAAAAAGAGCAUGUUCUAUUUUUUGCGAGGCUUAAUGUAUCUUGCGGAUCGUGGACCCAUUGAAGUGAAUAAGUCUGCUUUCGCAAGUGGCGUGCACUUUUCCGGUGCCCGUACAUUGUGGACUGUUCGUGUGCAAGAGCCCUUUUAAAGAGCUAAAACAUCACCUUGCUUUCAGCUACCAGAGGUAGUUUAGGGAUUGUAGAUUGAGGAACGCACCGGUGAGCUCAGCAACACCAAAAGACCCGGAAGACCACGGAAAACAACUGUGGUGGAUGACCG